AUGGAAGACUUCACACCGCUGAUCAAUCUACAGGGCGCCCGCAAGAUGAAAAAUGAACGGGAGCCCCUGCUCGGGCACGACACCGGCAGUAAUGGGUCAGGACUCGACGCUGCCGACCACCAGCGGUUGCUGGCAAGGCCCGAUCUCCGCAGCUCACCGGAGAACAUGAUCGUGGAUGCCCCGAACGACACGGAUAGCCUUAUGGCGAAGGAGGAGUCCACAUACGGGGCAUCCGGUUCCACCGAACCGUACGAACCUUCAAUGCACAGGACACUCGAACAUCCGACGACAAAUCUCGACACGAUGAUCCACCUGUUGAAGGGAAAUAUUGGUACCGGUAUCCUGGCGAUGCCGGACGCGUUCAAGCAUGCUGGCCUGUACGUUGGCCUGUUCGGAACACUCUUCAUGGGUGCAGUUUGCACGCACUGUAUGCACAUGCUGGUGAACUGUUCGCACGAACUGUGCCGCCGGUUGCAGGUGCCCUCGCUGAGCUUCGCCGACGUGUGCCAGCGGGCGUUUGAAUCCGGUCCGAUUGGGUUACGCCGCUACUCGAAGCUGGCCACGAACCUGAUCAACAUGUUCCUUGUGAUCACGCAGCUUGGUUUCUGUUGCGUGUAUUUCGUCUUUGUAGCGGCCAAUCUGCGGGAGGUCGUCGCACACUACUUCUUCGAUCUGCCCACGCGCAUCUACCUGUUGCUGUUGCUCAUUCCGAUGGUGCUGCUAAAUUUGGUGAAGAAUUUGAAGUAUCUCACACCGAUAUCGCUGACUGCCGCGAUCCUUACGGUGUCAGGACUCUCCUGUACCUUCUAUUACAUGCUGCAAGACCUUCCAAAUACGCACACCGUCAAGCCGUACUCGACGUGGGCCCAGCUACCGCUCUAUUUCGGUACUGCAAUCUACGCGUUCGAAGGCAUCGGGAUGGUCCUGCCACUCGAGAACAACAUGGCAACGCCGGAAGACUUUGGCGGAUGGUCAGGCGUACUUAACACCGGCAUGGUGAUCGUUGCCUGUCUCUACACGGCCGUCGGGUUUUUUGGUUAUCUGAAGUACGGUGAUUCCGUUAAGGGCAGCAUCACGUUGAACCUGCCCGGGGAAGAGUUAACCGCCCAGCUCGUGCGCAUCAUGAUGGCGCUGGCCAUAUUCUUCUCUUAUUCGCUGCAAUUCUUCGUACCGAUGUCGAUACUGAGCGUACACAUCCGCCGAAGGCUGCACACGGAGCAAUCCCGGCUGAUCGGUGAAUAUCUGACGCGCGUCUCGCUGGUCAUCUUCACGUUUAUCCUGGCUGCCAUGGUACCGAAUCUGGGUGCGGUUAUUUCACUUGUCGGUGCCGUCAGCAGCUCGACGUUGGCACUCAUCUUUCCACCACUGAUCGAAAUCGUCACCUUCUGGCCGGAUAAACUCGGCCGGCAUUAUUGGAUCCUGUGGAAGGAUGUUGCAAUUAUGGUGUUUGGCAUUCUUGGUUUCAUCUUCGGCACGUACACGAGCGUUGCACAAAUACUAAACCCAGACCUGGUCUAAACGGACAGCAGUCGGUUACGUCGGUGCGUUGGGCAAUGGUCCAACGUGUACGUGAAAUUGUACAUUAAGGUAUAUUGUACUGUAAGCGUUCGUUAGUGUUUUUUUGUAAUGUUUUUUGUUCUGCUUCGUAUCAAUAUUU